AUGACAGAACCAUCAUCAUCCUCCACUACAUCAACCAUGACGUCUUGUGUCGAUACCGAACUGUGGUCCAAAAUGACCGUCCGCCAUCUGGCGAGGCACGGUGUUGGUAACGACAAGAAGAUUUCCUAUAAGCAAACCGACAAGGUCGAUAUCCAUGGCCACUAUUUGGAAUUUCCCAAUUUGACAGUAGUGCACUUUGUAGCAGCAGCAACAAAUACAAACAGCAGCAAGCUGGCCAAUCUUCCACUGCGGUUGCAACAAACCGUGGGAGUCUAUUUGAGUCCUCUGCCAUCCUACCAUGCCACUUUGCUUUGCGGACCCCUCCACAUUGACUUGAAUUCGUUGCCCCAAAAGCAGCCGCAAAAUAGUAAUUUGUUUGCCGAAUGUCUGCAAGAGCCUUGUUGGAAACAAAUGGCCGACUAUUUGGCUUUGAAGCAAUACGCGCCCGUCCACUUGACCGUGGGCGAGGUGGUCUGCAAGGAAUCUGGUGGCGUGACCGUCUACCUCGAAGGAAAUGGCAGUGACGAGGAAGAGGAGGCACGUACGAUUCGACAAGAAUUGCGAAAAAUGGGAGUCUGCCGUGACAAAUUGAAAGAAUCUCUUCAAGCACUAUUAUCCACCCAUGACCAAUUAGGAAAAAAGGCAGCUCGGACUGCCAUGCGACUGCUCACUGGUUCGUUGAUGGAACCCAAGGAUCGAGCUUGGCACAUUACGAUUGCCUAUCCUCGAAAGUCAGGUGGACCCAUGCCAGAGGAGAUUCAGGAACAAGUGCGUGAUCUAGUUCGAGACGCUUUUGGUUGUAAUCAUGAUGAAAGCAGCAGCAGUAUGCUCUCCUUGGAACCUGCGCAACUCUGUUUAUCAACAGACACCAAAACCUUUGUGCCUUGCUGGAAUGGAUUGUGUCCAAUAACCUCCAGUACGACCAAAACGCCAGUCGGACAUAAUGGGUAUUCAUAG